UUAUAAUCUUGAGAAACUCAUUUCUUUCAUUCCAUCUUCUAUAACUCACAAAAUUAUCAAACCCUUUCUUUUUCUCUUGUGUUUUUGGGUUGAAUAAAACAGAAAAAAUAAUGGGGAGGAACAAAGGGGCUUUUGCCUCUUUUACUAAAAAUAGUAGUAGAAGUCUGUUUUUAUGGAUGGUUUUGCUAAUGCUUUCCACUAAUAACUUAGUCCUUCCAGUUGUUUCUACUACUUCCACCAACUUUGGGACUCAAAAGAACUACUAUUCUCAUGACCCACAUGUUCCAAACCCUUCUUCAGGUGCUCAUAGCAGUCCUUCUCACACACCCACACACCAUGGAUCCUCCGGUAGUCAAAGCAACUGUGGGUCUCCUCCUACACCAAGUGGUGGCAGUGGAGGCUACUACCCUUCACCUGAUCCUACGCAUACCCCUCCUACACCUAGUGGUGGUAGUGGACACUACUAUCCUUCGCCCACCCCCACCCCUCCUAGUCGAGGAGGCGGGGGAGGGCAUCAUGGUUCACCUAAACAUACACCCAAAAACCCUCCUAUUGGUGGUGGUGGUGGUAGUAGUGGUGGUUGCCCAUGCCUUUCACCACCGCCUUCGAGCGGUGGUGGCGGCGGGUAUUAUCCUCCAACUCCAUUGACUCCUACUCCUAUAGUUACUCCACCAAGUGUACCUUUGGUGCCUUCACCUCCUUUCAUUCCUCUUGUUCCAUCUCCUCCUCUUGUUCCUCGUACUCCUACGCCUUUUGAUCCUACAACACCCCCUUUCCCAUGCACUUACUGGGGAAGUCACCCAGGGUUGAUAUUUGGGGUGUUAGGAUGGUGGGCAACCGUAGGCGGAAUAUUUGGUGUAACAACAUUGCCAGGACUAAACUCAGCUACUAGUCUUGAAGAAAUGCUUAACAACCCUAGAAAUGAUGGGUAUGGUUCCCUUUACCGGGAAGGCACUGCCUCUUUCCUUAACUCUAUGGCCACCAAGGAAUUCUCUUUGUCCACCAAGCAAGUUAAGGAUGCCUUCCUUGCGUCCCUUACCUCCGAUAGGAUCGCCGCGGCGCAAGCCAAGCUCUUCAAACUUGCUAAUGAGAAGAAGCUCAAGCCUGCAACUACUUAUUCUAAACCUUAAUUAAUUGCUAGCUAGCUAGUUUAUUAAUCAAAUCAAAUGCUAUACUUUAUUACUAGUAUCUAAAAAAUAUGUCAGGUUUAAAUUUUCAUAGUUUUAAUGAGUGAUUAUGUGUUUGUUUUGUUGAUUUGUUAGACAUUGGAAGUUUGCUAUGAGUAACUUAUGAGAGAUUUGUUGUAGCACUAUGAUCAGUUUAUUGUUUCAAUGAAAUGCAUGGCUUUAGUUUUGUGCUC